AUAAAGCAACCGUAGGAUUCAAAAGACGUUGAAAUUUAUUUCUUCCGCCAUAAACAAUCAACAACUAACUUGUAAAUUAACCAACACAAGUCACUCACCAUUCUUAGCUUGAAUCUCGCUUUCCCUCAUCAGUCCACACCCCUUCAAUAUAAUUCAAAAAACUCCUCUUAAUUAAUCUAUCCAUAUCUCUCUCUCUCUCUCUUAUUUCUUAUGCUGUGGAGAAGAUUAAGAUAAAUAAAAACGUAUCUGAAAGAACCAAAACUUUUCUUUUUUUUUUUUUUUGCUCGCAAAAUCCAGGUUUCUGUUAGGAUUGAAACCUUGUGAUUAAGUAAUGCGAGCAAAAUUUUGAACGAAAUAUAAUGGCUGCUAUGAAGCGAGUGAUUCCAUUAGGUGUUAAUUACGGUAUUAGUUUGUCCAAAUUGCGAGGGAUUAACAAUGUAGCCAUUAAUGUUCCUGCAACUUCCUUGCUUGUAAAUACCGAUGGUUAUAAUGUUAAGUAUUACAGUUCUGCUCAUAACAAGUUUGAUUAUAGGCAGAUUUCGCAGUUUGUUAAACCUAAUAACAAACGUGCAUUUCUCGUUGAUACACUAGCUCUGGUUCGUAGAUUAGAAGCACAAGGUGUACCUUCAAAGCAGGCAGAGGCAAUAACAUCUGCUAUCACUGAGGUUUUAAACGACAGUUUGGAAAAUAUUGCAACUUCUUUUGUUUCGCUAGCUGAAAUGCAGAAAUCUGACUUGGUUCAAGAAGCCAAUCUUUCCAAGUUCAAAUCUCAAGUACAAAGUUCCCAGGAAAAUCAUUUUUCUCUACUGCAACAUGAAACUGAAAAGUUUCGGAAUGACAUUGAGAAAGUGCGUAGUGAAUUGAGGUAUGAAAUUGAUAAGCUUACUGCUGGACAACGUUUGGAUUUAAAUCUCGAAAGAGGAUGCAUUCGCGAUGAGCUUGCAAAGCAGAAUACAGAGACCUCCAACCUUACUAACAAGCUAGAUCGAGAAAUCCAUGCCAUGAGGGCCCAACUUGAAGCUGGAAAAUAUGAAGUCAUCAAAUAUUGUAUAGGUACCCUUGUGUCCAUCUCAGCUGUUGGCCUUGCUGUGCUUCGCUUAUAUGCUUAAAAAAGAUUUUCCAGAAGAUAU